AAAAUAUAUUGUCCCAAAUAAGAGCUUGGUAAGGGUCGGGUCAGCGCCUCGAAUCGUUAAAUCCAAACCUAUUCAAAGCCCCUUGAAUUUUCAUCGUUAAGAUCCAGCCAUCCAGCCCUUUCUCCCAAUCACCGCUACGUAGUACUUUGGAAUUGCUUUUCUUACUUCUGAAAGCAGAGAAUCGCAUCAAUGAGUUUGAGAGGAAGUAAAGUGCUUCCAAAGUGCUAAGCAUACGGUGCUCCUUGCCCCCCUCCCCCCCGUCCCUGUUAAGUGCUCGCAUCCUCCUUUCGAUCACCCUCAGUCCUGCAAUCUGUUGUCUCUCUAUUUGCAGUUGCAGCUUCAAUGGCUAGCGGAUCAGCUGCGCGAAACAACAUUCGCGUAGUCGUUGUUGGAGACCGUGGCACCGGAAAAUCUACUCUCAUUGCGUCGACGGCGACCGAGACAUUCCCGGAGAGUGUGCCGCCAGUGCUGCCGCCGACUCGGCUGCCCGCCGACUUCUACCCAGAUCGCGUGCCGGUGACUAUCAUUGAUACUUCAGCCAGCUUGGAGAAUAGAGAGAAGCUCAUCGAGGAAUUGAGGCGAGCUGAUGCAGUAGUACUAACCUAUGCAUGUGAUCGACCUAUGACCCUUAGUCGGCUCAGUACUUUCUGGCUUCAAGAAUUUCGUCAAUUGCAGGUGACUCUGCCAGUGAUUAUAGUUGGUUGCAAACUAGAUUUGCGGGAUGAGAAUCAACCGGCGAGUCUGGAGCAGGCGAUGACACCAAUUAUGCAACAGUUUAGGGAGAUUGAAACUUGCAUUGAAUGUUCUGCGGCUACCCAAAUUCAGGUCCCUGAUGUUUUUUAUUAUGCUCAAAAAGCAGUACUACAUCCAACAGCUCCAUUGUUUGAUCAAGAAACACAGACCUUGCAACCACGAUGUAUGAGGGCAUUGAAGAGGAUAUUUAUCCUUUGUGAUCAUGACAUGGAUGGUGCCCUCAGUGAUGAGGAACUGAAUGAAUUUCAGGCAAAAUGUUUCAAUGCUCCAUUGCAGCCAGCUGAAAUAGUGGGUGUCAAAACGGUUGUUCAGGAGAAGCUACCUGAUGGAGUGAAUCAAUUAGGUCUUACCUUGACAGGGUUCCUUUUCCUGCACGCUCUUUUCAUAGAAAAAGGACGUCUUGAGACAACAUGGACUGUCCUGAGGGAGUUUGGAUAUGACAAUGAUAUUAAACUGAGGGAUGAUUUUCUUCCAGUUCCAUCUAGGCGAGCUCCGGAUCAGAUCGUGGAGCUGACAAAUGAAGCUGUGGAGUUUUUAAGGAGAGUCUUCAUAUUGUUUGACAUGGAUAAUGAUGGGGCCCUCCAACGUUCUGAGCUUGAAGAUCUAUUUUCAACUGCACCAGAAAGUCCCUGGGGUGAAGCCCCAUACAAGGAUGCGUCAGAGAGAACUGCACUGGGGGAUUUAUCACUUCAUGGAUUUCUGUCCGAGUGGGCCCUUAUGACACUACUAGACCCAGCUCGCACCCUGGCUAAUUUGACAUACAUUGGAUAUGCUGGUGAUCUCACUUCAGCAGUUCGUGUGACAAGGAGAAGAUUGUUAGAUCGGAAGAAACAACAAACUGAAAGAAAUGUUUUCCACUGCUUUGUCUUUGGGCCAAAAAAUGCUGGGAAAUCUGCAUUGUUGAAUUCAUUUCUUGGAAGGCCUUUCUCAAGUAAUUACAUUUCAACAACUGAUGAGUGUUAUGCGGUUAAUGUUGUUGAGCUGCUUGGGGGAGCUAAAAAGAAUCUAGUAUUGCAAGAGAUACCUGAAGACCACGUUAAGAGGUUUCUUUCUAAUAAAGAAUCUUUAGCUGCUUGUGAUGUUGCAGUGUUUGUGUAUGACAGUUCAGAUGAACAUUCCUGGAGAAGAGCAAGGGAAUUGCUAGUUGAAGUAGCUGGACAAGGGGAAGAAAGUGGCUAUGGGAUGCCUUGCCUUCUUAUUGCAGCCAAGGAUGACCUGAACCCAUAUCCAAGGGCUGUGCAAGAAUCGGCAAGGGUAAGUCAAGAUAUGGGAAUAGAGGCACCUAUUCCUGUUAGCGUGAGGUUAAGAGAUUUGAAUAGUGUAUUUUCUAGAAUUGUCCGUGCUGCUGAACACCCUCAUUUGAGCAUUCCUGAAACUGAAACUGGGAGGAACCGCAAGCAAUAUCAUCAGCUUGUUAAUCGUUCUUUGAUGUUUGUAUCAGUGGGGGCUUCCAUUGCUAUUGUUGGAUUAGCAGCUUAUCGUGCCUAUGCUGCAAGGAAGAAUACGUCCAGUUAGGUAUAAAGAAUUGCACAUAAAUAUCCAUACUGCUGUUGUUCCAUCAACAAUUUUCAUUAAGGAGUUCACUUUAUGCAGUAUUUUUGUCUUAUAUUUUUGGGCCUGUAGUUGUGUAGCGUUAUUAUAAGUUGUCUAUUGAUACUCAAUAUUAAUUCAUUGCCAUUUGCUUUUCA